GCGAGAAAUCCCUUUGUCUCUAGAAUUUCUUGGGCUAGUACUCCAUCGUCCGGAGGCGACGAGUCCGCGCUGGCAACAAUGCCACCCUCUGCACCUCAACAAGUUCCCCGAACAACAUCCUCUAGGACGACCGCCACCACCACCACCACCACCACCACCACCACAUCCACUCACACACCCGCCCUUCCUUUAAGGACGUUACGAUUACGAGCUGUGGAUGGAUCUCCGGCUCAGCGAGAGAGUAGACACAUACAAUGGGCAGAAGACGUGGUAGACAACGAGGGAAUGGGCAAGAAAUCCUCCAAAGUAUGCUGCAUAUAUCACAAACCUCGAGAAGUCGGCGAGUCGUCGUCUGAAGAUACGUCGGAUUCCUCCUCCAGCGACUCGGAUUCGGAACCGGAUAAUAGCUCGGGAAAGAGUGGGAAAAAGCGCGCGGACUCGGGACAAUAAAGAUGUAGGCUGGGUUCGGUCUGUCAUAUUUUUGCCCCUGGGGCAUGGUUCAUUUUGAACAAUAGAUUGCUGCGUCUCGGCAGAUCCGGUUUGCCGAACUACAGUCUACCUGGACUUAACUUUUGCAUAGAAUUCGGCAUAGCUCGGCGUUUAGGGGAAUAUGUUGGCCAUACACAACUGG